CGCUCUCGGCACCGCCGCCUGCCCGCCCACCGCGCGCCUCCCGCUCCCGCUCCCGCGGUCAAGCGGCCACCUCCGGGCAAGGCACGGCAGGUUUAGCCCGGAGCGCAGCUCGGUCCAGUCAGGGCGGCAGGCGCAGAGCUGAGAUGCUGAGCCUCGGGGGCACCCUGCUGUGCCUGCUGCUGGCGGCGGCUGUCCCCACGGCUCCUGCGCCGGCUCCGACUACGACCUCAGCCCCCGGAGAAUCCGGCCGGGUUCUCAGCUACCCGCAGGAGAAGGCCACCCUCAACGAGAUGCUCCGUGAGGUGGGGGAACUGAUGGAGGACACGCAGCACAAGUUGCGCAGCGCGGUGGAGGAGAUGGAGGCAGAAGAAGCUGCUGCUAAGACAUCAUCAGAAGUGAACCUGGAAAAUUUUCCUCCCAGCUACCACAAUGAGACCAACAUAGACACCAGGAUUGGAAAUAAUACCAUCCAUGUGCACCGAGAGAUUCACAAGGUAACCAACAACCAGACUGGACAAACGUUCUUUUCAGAGACUGUUAUUACAUCCAUGGGAGAUGAAGCCGGCAAGAGGAACCACGAGUGCAUCAUUGACGAGGACUGUGGGCCGGGCAGGUACUGCCAGUUUGCCAGCUUCGAGUAUACCUGCCAGCCAUGCCGGGACCAGCAGACACUCUGCGCCCGAGACAGUGAGUGCUGCGGAGACCAGCUGUGUGCCUGGGGCCACUGCUCCGAAACAGCCACCAGAGGUGGCAACGGGACCAUCUGUGACAACCAGAGGGACUGCCAGCCCGGGCUGUGCUGUGCCUUCCAGAGAGGACUGUUGUUUCCUGUGUGUACACCCCUGCCUGUGGAGGGCGAGCUCUGCCACGACCCCACCAGUCGGCUUCUGGACCUCAUCACCUGGGAGCUGGAGCCUGACGGGGCGUUGGACCGAUGCCCAUGUGCCAGUGGCCUCCUCUGCCAGCCCCACAGCCACAGCCUAGUGUACGUGUGUAAGCCAGCCUUUGUUGGGAGCCACGAUGAUGACGGAGAGAGCUUGCUGCCCAGAGAGGCCCUGGAUGAGUACGAGGAUGGUGGCUUCAUUGAGGAAGUACGCAAGGAGCUGGAGAACCUGGAGAGGAAUCUAUCUGAGGAAAUGGUGCCCAGGGGGCCUGAUGUAGCCUCUGAGCUGCUGGAUGGAGAAGAGAUUUAGAUCCAGACCUGUUCUGCGGGUAGAUGUGCAAUAGAAAUAGCUAAUUUAUUUCCCCAAGUGUGUGUCCUCUAGGUGUGGACUGACCAGCCUUCUUCCCAUUUCUUCUUCCCAGUAGAUUUUCCUUCUGGCUUGAAACAUCUGCCUUGACAAAAUGAGGUGCUGUGCAUUUGUCCAGCCCCCAUUCCCCUGAACUGUACACCACCAUCACCAUUCUGAUGCUUGGGGAAGGACGGGGUUGUGGGAGGAUGAGGGUUCUGGGGUGAGGGCAAAAUGGGCUUCUAGACUUGGUCUAAACCAUUGGCCACUUCACCUGCAGUGGUUGGCAGAUGGCACAUUUUCUUCACUGUCACUUUGAAAAUUGUUUGAGGGAAGGGGAUGAAGAAGGCUGUGGAGUCUCCCCACGAUGGGUUUUGGAGAAAUGUUGACUCCUGUACACAUGGAGAAGAGUGCCCUGCUCUGCAAACAUAAACCUGGUGAAAAUGUAACAAAUGAAGUUUUUGCGUAGCUCUUUCCAUUGGCAUCGCCAAGCUGCGCCCUUCGCUACUGCGGAUCAAAUGUUCUGCUCACUCUGCGUUCCAUGGAUUCACUCAUUCAGCAGUUUCACUCGGCUCCUACCUAGUGGCACUCACUCAGCAUUUUCACAUCUGUGACCAGCUGACACUCUCAUCACAGUCUGGGAGGGAGACAUUAUUCUCCCCAUUGGUCAGGGACCUCAGAGGCUCAAAGACUUUGUUUCUAGCCUGCGUCACAUAGCUAGUGAAAACCAGGACAGGAUUUCAUCCGGGUGAGACUCCAAGUCCAGUGCUCUCUCCCUGACUCCAUACUGCCUCUGUGCCACCAAAAGUUCCCCCAAAAAGGAAGGAGGAGGGGAUUUUGUUUGUUUGUUUGAGGCACAUCUGGGAUUAAGGUCAAACUAGUUCACGCAUCCCUAUAAGAUUAAACUUCUACUGUUAGACAUAGCAGUGUUCUUGCCAGUGUGGAGACGACCAUCAUUCUAGUGAAGACAAAUGGCAUUGACACUGUCCCCUGUGGCAGUUACAUUAGUAACUUUGAAGGUACAUGAUUGGAGCAUACUGUGUAAAUUAACUUGCCAGGAGCAGUACCUGGGCAAUUAUAGGGCCAGGAUUAUAAAUGAAAUUUGCAAAAUCACUUAGCAGCAACUGAAGACCAUAAGCAACCACAUGGAGAAAAUCAUACCAACAAGGCUCUAUGAAAUAUGGUUGUAAUAUCCAAACUGAGAACACUGAACUGUAUGCUGUUCCACAAAUGAUAUUUUCAGGUGCCAUGGACUGUUUCCAUCGUGUAUUCACAGAGUCAUUAAAUUUUGAAGUUGCACACGAUUGUAUAAGCAUGCUUUCUUUGAGUUUUAAAAUUAUGUAUAAACACAAAUUGCAUUUAGAAAUCGAGCAUAAAUCACUUCAACUACUCUUCUGCAGUUCUUGGACUUCUUUCUUCCUUUUGACUUUUAAUAUACAUAAAACCUUUUUUAACCAGGAAAAACAGAAUAACCUGCAUUGUCAAAAAAUAAUAAUAAUAAUACUCAAAACAAUGUAUCUAAAAAAAAAAUUUCUGUAUGGGAGACUAACUUGAAAUGUAAACUUCAUUUAAUUACAACAAUUAAAAAAAAGAAAAAAGGGAUGGCAGAAGGGUUAGAAAUUAAAAAGAAAAGAUUAAGGAAAUAGAAUGUAUGUAGCAGAAUCUUAGGGAAAUGUUUUAAGCUAAUCAACCAGAUACGAAAAUAAAAAAAUAAUAGUAAUCUCUUCCAAAUCAGUAAAUUUUCAAGACAACUGAAGCACACUUCUUUUGGUAUAAAAAAUAUUCUAAAAAUAUUAACCACUUUGGAUGGGACUUAAUCGUAAGUGUGCAAAUGCUUCAUUGAGAGUAAAUGGAAUAUAUAUGACCCUUUUCUUGGGAGCUUUCUUUAAUCAAAUGGAACUCCGGGCCAUAACACAAUAAGACCUUCAAGGGCUAUAAUCACAAAACCUACUAUAUGUUAAAAGUCAACUGAGUGGCAGGCACCAGAUUAGGCACUCUACCUAUAUUAGCUCAUUUAAUCUUCAUUGAAUUCCAUGAGUAUUUUCUCCAUUUAACAGAUGAAAAAAAUGGAGGUUCAGAAACAUUAAGUACUAGAGCUGGAAGUCAUACAAAAGUAGCAUCUAGUACAAUAUGCCCAGGAUAUAUUUCUUUUCUUAAAUAAUUUAUUUUGUUUUU